AUGUAUCCUGGGUUAGAAAAAGAAUUGGUGGAUUAUAUUAAAAAAAAGAAAGAAGAAAAACUUGCGGUUACAACGUCCAUGAUUAGGAAAAAGACAAAGGAGUUAGGAAAGACCCUAGAUAUUAGAGAUGCCAAAUUUUCGCUUAUUAGAGACUUUCUUGAAGUUUUAUAUGAAAAAACAAAUAUUAUUGAAAAACAAUUUAUUAUCUUUUUUGAUAAAACGCCUAUGUGGUUCGACAUGCCUCGGAACUUGACAAUAGAUUUUCAAG